GCUGCGCUGGCCCCUGCGCUCCUCGCCCCUUACCUUCCCGCUCCCGGGACGACCUUUUUGGGCGGGAGGGGGGUACCUUUUCUUGGCAAAGUCCCGUCCCUCGCCAGGGAAACUUUCUACGUGCCUGUGCGUGAGAGGCAACUAGUUGCACUCGCUGAAGUGCGAGGAGUGUUUGGCUUCUCCCGUACCAGCCUCCUCCUCCAUCUACCCCCCCCCCCAAAGUCUCCCCUCCCGUUUUGCUCCGAGUUGCGCUUUAUUUGUGUGUGGAGAAAAGGGGGGUGGGGGGACGACUUCUAGAGGGGAUGUCCUGUUUUUGCCAGAGGAACAGUGCAAAAGGGGAACCUCGGCUCGGAGAAGGGACGAGAAUAAAUAAAUAAGGAGCAGCCCUAAAAUAAAGGUAGCGGCAUAUCCCGGCAGCGAGGAGGUGAGUGUCUCUCUGACUUCCCCGGCCCCGAGUCUCCCUUCCACCCCUUCUGCUCAGAGGUGGAGGAAGCCGGUUCCCUGUCGCAUGUGCAUGUGGCCGUGGAGAUGGGUGUGUGCGUGUGCUUGUGUUCGUGUUCAGGGUUUAUUUAGCAUUGUUUUCGUGUCGCUCAGAUGACAAAAAAAAAAAAAGUUGCUGCAAAACAAACGUGAUGGCAAGGAGCAGCGGAGCCGUCCGUCGCGGGACGGAGAAGGGCUCUCGCCCCCCGGCCCCACGCGAGUUUAGUUGCAAAAAAAAAAAAAAACCAAAACUGGUCUCUGGUGCGGACGGGGGUGAUUUUUUGCCCGUCCAGCCGGACUUUCUGCCUCUGUCCAGGUGACAGUCUCUGCCGUUUUGCCCUCACCCCUCUUCGACUGGCUGUUACCGCGGCUGCUGGGACUACUGAGCUGUAAACUGAAGGGAAGAUAAUUUCUGCUUGUGGGGGAAAGAAGGGUGAAUAACCUCCAUGGAAGACUCUCAGGAUCUAAGCGAACAGUCAGUAAAGAAACCGUGUACAGAGUCAGAUGGUUCAGAGCCGCAGAAUCCCAGGUCUAUGGAAAUGCAAGAUUUAGCCAGCCCUCAUAAUCUUGUUGGAAGCAGUGAUGCGCCGGGUAGUUCCAAACUGGAUAAACCUAAUCUCAGUAGCACAUCAGUUACAACAAAUGGAACAGGAGGAGACAACAUGACUGUGUUAAAUACUGCAGACUGGUUGCUGAGUUGCAGCACUCCCUCUUCUGCAACAAGUACAACAUUGCAUGAUUACCUGAGCACAAAUCAAGUGUCUCUUCUUGCAGUCAAAACAGAACCCAUGAACAGCAGUGAAACAACAACAACAACUGGAGAUGGAUCGCUUGACACUUUUACUGGGUCAGUAAUAACAAGUAGCGGCUACAGCCCGAGAUCAGCGCACCAGUACUCUCCGCAGAUAUAUCCCUCCAAGCCCUAUCCACACAUUCUUUCUACACCAGCAGCUCAAACAAUGUCUGCCUAUGCCGGACAAACCCAGUAUUCAGGAAUGCAGCAACCAGCGGUCUAUACAGCCUACUCACAGACAGGACAGCCGUACAGCUUGCCCACUUACGAUUUGGGUGUAAUGUUGCCAGGCAUCAAGACGGAAAGUGGGCUCUCGCAGACCCAAUCACCACUGCAGAGUGGGUGCCUCAGUUACAGCCCAGGGUUUUCCACCCCACAGCCAGGCCAAGCACCCUACUCUUACCAGAUGCCAGGUUCUAGUUUUACACCAUCGUCCACUAUUUAUGCAAACAACUCUGUUUCAAAUUCUACAAACUUCAGUAGUUCACAACAGGAUUAUCCAUCAUACACAGCUUUUGGCCAAAAUCAAUAUGCACAGUAUUACUCAGCAUCAACAUAUGGUGCAUAUAUGACCUCAAACAACACGGCUGAUGGCACUUCAUCAUCAUCAACCUACCAGUUGCAGGACUCUCUCCCUGGCCUGACUAGUCAACCAGGUACAGAUCUACAUUCAGGGGAGUUUGACACAGUGCAGAGCCCCUCCACGCCAAUCAAAGAUCUUGAUGAGAGAACAUGUAGGAGUUCUGGGUCAAAGUCUCGGGGUAGAGGGCGGAAGAAUAAUCCAUCACCCCCACCGGACAGUGACUUGGAGCGUGUAUUUGUUUGGGAUUUGGAUGAAACAAUCAUAGUUUUUCAUUCGCUGCUUACAGGAUCCUACGCACAGAAGUAUGGCAAGGAUCCACCAAUGGCAGUGACCCUUGGACUGCGAAUGGAAGAAAUGAUUUUUAAUCUUGCUGACACACACUUAUUUUUUAAUGAUUUAGAGGAGUGUGAUCAAGUUCAUAUAGAUGAUGUUUCUUCUGAUGAUAAUGGACAAGACCUCAGUACCUACAGUUUUGCAACUGAUGGCUUCCAUGCAGCUGCAAGUAGUGCAAACCUUUGUCUGCCAACAGGUGUAAGAGGAGGGGUUGACUGGAUGAGGAAGCUGGCUUUCCGUUACAGAAGAGUAAAAGAGUUGUAUAAUACUUACAAGAACAACAUAGGAGGCCUCCUGGGUCCCGCUAAGAGAGAUGCAUGGUUGCAAUUAAGAGCAGAGAUUGAAGCUCUGACAGACUCCUGGCUAACAAAUGCACUUAAAUCAUUAUCAAUUAUCAGCACAAGGAGUAACUGUGUAAACGUAUUGGUGACAACAACUCAGCUUAUCCCAGCACUUGCAAAAGUUCUGCUAUACAGCUUAGGAGGAGCUUUUCCUAUUGAAAAUAUUUACAGUGCAACCAAAAUAGGAAAAGAAAGUUGCUUUGAACGAAUAAUGCAAAGGUUUGGCAGAAAAGUAGUAUAUGUUGUAAUUGGGGAUGGUGUAGAAGAAGAACAGGCAGCAAAAAAGCACAACAUGCCUUUCUGGAGGAUAUCCAGUCAUUCGGACCUCUUGGCUCUCCAUCAAGCACUGGAACUAGAGUAUUUGUAACUGUGUUCUAAAGUUGGCGAUCCUUUUUUUUUAUAUAUAUAUAUAUAUAUUUCAAGUACACUGAAUUUUUAUGUGUGAUUCAAUGCCUCUGGCUUUACACAUAUGAAUUGUCUUAAGAAGGGAAGAAAUCUUUGGAAUUAAAAAUUCCAAAUUGAAGAAUUCAGAUUGCUGAAUGGAGUUAAAACAUUAGUGCUACGUAAGGAAGCUCUAUGGUCUUAUAUAUGCAACGUUUUUAAAUGAAUUAAAACUGUGGAGGUUGCUGGUACACACCAAGUGAGCCCUGACAGGAGUGAACAAAGGACUCGAACUGGCAAAGCACCAACAUGCGUUUUCCAGCCGACAAGGUGGUGUUCAACAACAUUCCUCAAAAUGGGAUAUAUUCUCAGCACUGAGGUUUGAACCAGACUUUAGCCUACCUAACCCAGAAAAUCUGAAUUGGAAUGCACUCAGACUGUAUAAUGACAAUCCUGUCUAGACCUGUAAUUUGUGUAAAUUAUUGAUGAAAAUAAUUUACUGUGACUUUAUUAGCAGCUGAUUUUGGAAGUGGAUGCAAUUUUUCUUUCUUUUGGGGGGGCAGGGGAGGGAGAGGGUUAUAUAAUAUUGUCUCUUUUAUAAGUUUGGCAAACAGAAUGUGCAUAAUGAUGUGUUGUGCCUUAAAGAGAAGACUGUGUUCGUGUGUUAUAAUGUAAUUUUGGUUAAAAACUAUGUAGAUAAACAAAAAAAAAAAGUUUGUGAUAAUUUUUGACAUGACCAAAUUUGAAAUUCAAAGAAAUCAAAGAGCAGGGCUGCACCAAAGCAUUUAAGUAUUUGUUGCAGUAAGAAAAAAUAAUAAAGGAAAGUUUGUGUUUUUAUUUGGAUUCUGAAUAAUUCCACUGAUUGUUUGAGGAAAGUUAAGAGUAUGUUGGGACGUUGAUACUGGGGACCGCUACCUUGAAAACUAAAAAAAAAAAAAA